AUAUAUAUAUAUAUUUGGGAUACGUGACCAAGGAGAAUCCAGCUAGUAUCUACUAUACGCGUAGGCGUCCAUCGCAUCGCGGAUUUACAACAAAUACCGACGAUGAAAACGAAAGUGACGGCGAUAGCUCUCGGUCUCGGUUGUUAAGAUACGUACAUAGUUGUUUCCUUUGCAAAGAAACGUUUGGAUCAAAGUUGCAAGAUGCCAAAAGUACGAAGAAGCAAGAAACCUCCACCGGACGGUUGGGAAUUGAUCGAGCCAACGUUGGAGGAACUGGAGCAAAAAAUGCGAGAAGCCGAAACGGAACCUCACGAAGGCAAACGUAAACAAGAAUCUUUGUGGCCAAUUUUUAAAAUUCAUCAUCAGAAGUCACGGUACAUAUACGAUUUGUACUACAGACGAAAAGCUAUAAGCCGUGAACUGUACGACUACUGUUUGAACGAGAACAUAGCUGACAAGAAUUUGAUAGCAAAAUGGAAGAAAGUGGGUUACGAAAAUUUGUGUUGUUUACGUUGCAUACAAACUAGAGACACUAAUUUUGGAACAAAUUGUAUUUGUCGAGUUCCAAAAGGAAAACUGGAAGAAGGUAGAAUAGUGGAGUGUAUUCAUUGCGGUUGUCGAGGAUGUUCCGGAUAACCUAUGCCAAUUAAAAUAAGAUGAUCUCGACGAUCAGCGGUCCAUCGACGUCUACGCUAUCGAACCGAACUUAUUUGGAAAGUUCGUGUCGCGCCUUAAAUUCGCGCAAUUACUGGAAAUUUUUUGUUUCACCGUGCGGUUUCUCAAAGCCGUACAUUUGUUGGGAAGGCGCGUUGCUCGUAACGUAAUUCGACACGUGCUCAACGAGUCCGAACUCGUUGCUCGAGAGAUUCAUAUGUGAAUGAAAAUAAACGAUUCCUGACACGAUAGAGAAAGA